AUGUCUACACCUGCAUCUUCAUCGACAGUCAUCUAUUCAAUGACACUUUCAAAUGAACUCUGGCUUUCAAUUUUCGAAUAUCUACCUUCACAGUCACUUCGUAAUGUUGUUUUGACCUCGAAGAGCUUUCAUGUAAUCGCUAUUCGUCUUCUUUACAAGCAUCUGAUUCUGACGUCUCCAACAUUGUUUGUAGCAGCAUGCUCAGCGUUGUCUUCCAUCCAACCUUUACCACGUGCUCUUCUUCUUGGUAUAUCCCCCCUCGUGGAACGUCCUGUGGAGCAACUAAAAGAAGCCAUCUCCCUGGCGGAAGCUGACGACUGGACACCCAUUCCCCUCAACCGGCAAACAAACUGGUAUUGCUUCUUCCAAAUCAAGGAUGCCUACCAACCACGCUUCCUUGCCGACACUACUCUCGUCUUCCGUGUCGUACACUGCACUGUUCACUUCGCUGGUAUCUAUAUAGAUGUUGAUCACACUUCUCUGAAACUUCAAUCACUUACCCUCCUCGAUAUCUGCGCUGUCUUCCCAUCUAAUGAUGAUGACACCAACCCUCGCAAUCCUCGCACUCGUCUACGAAUGCUUGCGCAAGUCCCCACCAUCCGCACUCUCACAUAUGACCACACUGUCUGGUUAUAUCGCGUUUUCACGUCUUCCUCCCCACCUCCACAACUCACUACUCUCAACGUAAAGUUCCCUAUCCAUAAAUACUGUUCUAGAGUUCCCCCAGGCUUUAUCUCGUUCCUCGAGACUCUUCCCUCCCUCCACACUCUCAUCUUGCGAAACCACGUCCCUACCCUUUCACUAUCACCGAGCGCUCUUCCAACCCUCUGUGCUAUUUCUGCCCCUUUAUCUGCCAUAUCUUCUAUCUGUUCCGGACGCAGCAUCAUCAAGCUUGAUAUCCGCGACGAGGCCAUGCUGACGCCACUCUACCAAGCAUUUAUAGAAGUGCACUCUCACUUGUCGAGGGUCCAAGAGCUCUCACUGUUCGUAGGGGAGUGGGAUGAUGAAGUCGUGCUGGCCAUCGUCGUGCAUUUUCCCAAUUUAACUAAGUUACAAGUGAGGUAUGCAAGAGGAGGGCCAAGCGAGGAUACUAUACUCGGUAUGGGUUCGCGUACACUAUACACUCUUCCACACCUCAUAUCCGCACACAUCUUCCAUAUUCCACUUCUCCCACCCCCUCAAAGUGUCCUUGAAGCAAGGAAGCGUGAUGACGAUACCUUAUGCGGUGCCCCUGGUAUCAACAAUACGCUAAUGGAGGGUGUUCUCAGCCUGCAGCAGCUGCCUUCCUUGCCAUAG